AUGCUCUUAGCCCACCCACUGGCGUUGGCGCUCCCCUGGAUAUUUCUCGGCUCUUCGGCUGCUCGUAGCACUUUUCUCGUCAAGCACUCUCUUCCAGAAGUCCCAGCUGGAUGGACGCACGUCCAUGACGAGCCCAUAUCUUCGGCCUACAGAAUGCGACUACGGUUUGGGCUGACACAACCCCAUUUUCCAGCUUUGGAAACCACCCUUCACCAAAUCAGCGACCCGUCACAUCCUUCUUAUGGACAACAUCUGAGCAAGGACGAAGUUUUGUCCUUGUCUCGUCCCUCGGAUGAUACUCUUGCUGUAGUAGAGGCUUGGCUGGCUGAAAAUAACGCUGGCUCGGUCGUGUGGUCGCCUUCACAAGACAGCGUGUCUGCUGUCCUCGAUGUGGAAAAGGCCGAGGAGAUGCUUUCGACGCGGUUCGGCGUGUUUGAGCAUCAGAGAAGCGGAAAACGGGCCUUGCGCACCCUCGAGUACAGUCUCCCCAAAGAACUGCUGGCACAUAUCACCUUCGUCCACCCGCCUACCUCGUUCAUGGAGCCCGUCCGCCGGGACAGAGCGCAGUUUGAUGUAGUGAAGCGCGACGGCUCCACCCUCGUCAAGCGUCCUGUGGUAUUAAAUCAGAGCGAUUUCACGAGCUGCGUGUCUGUUAUUGACCCGCCUUGUGUCCGGAAAAUGUACAACAUCGGGAAUUACACGCCGCAGGCUGUGGCAAAAGGCGGAAAUAGGAUUGGAGUAACUGGUUAUCUCGAUAUUUGGGCCAAACCGGAAUCAUUUGCCCUUUAUCUGGACGACUACAUCCCUGAGUCCAGAGGAAAGAAUUUCACCUUUGACGUUGUCAAUAUAACCGGUCCGUUCCCCGCCAAGGAUGCAGAAUCCGAAGGAAACCUUGAUACCCAGCUUGCGAUCCAAGUGGCCUAUCCGAUCCCCAUGACAUAUUAUACCGCCAAUUCGAUUCCGCCUUACAUUCCAGACCAGAAUCAGGAUGGGGAAAUUCCUGGACAAAACGAGCCGUACCUGCAACUUAUCGAUCAUAUAUUGGCUUUGGACAACCCUCCAAGCGUGAUUACGACGUCGUAUGGUGACGAUGAACAAACAGUUCCUCGGGACUACGCGGAUGCUGUUUGUCACGGAUUUGCCAAACUUGGUGCGAGAGGAGUGUCUGUCAUGUUCAGCACAGGAGACCAGGGAGUGGGAACAUUUUGGGCUCCGGAUUGCAUCGCAAACACGGGAAACAAUGCAACGACUUUCCUCCCCGUGUUUCCGGCGUCAUGCCCCUACGUUACUUCUGUGGGUAUGACCGAAUUCCUCUCUGGGACCGCGUCCCUCGGCUCGGGAGCUGGUUUCUCGUACUACUAUCAACGGCCGGCAUAUCAAGACGCUGUCGUCACGAAAUAUCUUACCGGCCCAGCAAACGUCAACGAAACCGCUCAGAAAUCAAGCAUGUACAACCAUAAAGGACGGGCUUAUCCUGAUAUUGUUUGUGCUGACAGCGGGGCUUUCUUCGAUUAUUAUUACAACCGUUGGGAUAUUGGUGGCGGGACCAGUGCCGCCGUGCCUACAGCUGCAGGCAUAGUCGCACUCCUCAAUGACUGGCGCAUCAAGCAUGGGAAGCCAACUAUGGGCUUCCUCAACCCAUUUUUAUAUGGGGCUGGCUCCAAGGGCCUGGUUGAUGUCACUGAGGGUUCCGUGUGGGGUUGCGGGCUGGAGCCGGCUUUCAAUGCCACGGCUGGAUGGGAUCCUGCCAGUGGUCUCGGAUACUUCGACUUCAAGAAGCUCCAACAAUUAGUCCUGUAG